AUGGACACACAAGCAGGAAUAUCUCAGAAGGACAUCUAAUGUUAUCCCCGGAUUGUGACAUAAAAGAUAAUGACAGUAGACAGGAUUCUCCAGGAGAUAACCCCAUUACCCCAAUUAUACAUCCAGCUCUAUCAGCUGAUCCCUCUGAUCCUGGGAAAUGUUCUCCUGAUCACUCUGAUAUUGGUGCAUCUGUUACAGCUCUGACAGUAGAUACAGUGUUUCCCUGUUCUAUAGAUGCCAAAUGUUUUACACAGAACACAAAGCUUAUAACCCAUCAGCCAGUUAAAGCAGGCGAGAGGCCAUUUCCAUGUUCUGAGUGUGGGAAAUGUUUUACAUACAAAUCAGCUUUUGUUACACAUCAGAGAUAUCACACAGGUGAGAAACCAUUUCCAUGUUCUGAGUGUGGGAAAUGUUUUGCACGGAAAUCAAAUCUUGUUAAACAUCAGAGUAGUCACACAGGUGAGAGGCCAUUUUCUUGCUCUGAGUGCGAGAAAUGUUUUACACGGAAAUCAAAUCUUGUUAAACAUCAGAGUAGUCACACAGGUGAGAGACCAUUUCCAUGUUCUGAGUGUGGGCAAUGUUUUGCACAGAAAUCACAUCUUGUUACACAUCAGAGAAGCCACACAGGUGAGAAGCCUUUUCCAUGUUCUGAGUGUGGAAAAUGUUUUGCACAGAAAUCAAAUCUUGUUACACAUCAGAGAAGUCACACAGGUGAGAAGCGAUUUUCUUGCUCUGAGUGUGGGAAAUGUUUUGGACGCAAAUCAGAUCUUGUUACACAUCAGAGAAGUCACACAGAUAAGAAUCCAUUUCUAUGUUCUGAGUGUGGGGAAUGUUUUGCACACAAAUCAGAUCUUGUUAUACAUCAGAGAAGUCACAGAGGUGAGAAUCCAUAUCUAUGUUCUGAGUGUGGGAAAUGUUUUGCACACAAAUCACAUCUUGUUACACAUCAGAGAAGUCACACAGGUGAGAAGCCAUUUUAUUGCUCUGAGUGUGGGAAAUGUUUUACCCAGAAAUCAUGUCUUGUUAUACAUCAGAGAAGUCACACAGGUGAGAAGCCAUUUCCAUGUUCAGAGUGUGGGAAAUGUUUUGCACACAAAUCAGAUCUUGUUAUUCAUCACAGAAGUCACACAGGUGAGAAGCCAUUUUCUUGCUCUGAGUGCGGGAAAUGUUUUGCACAGAAAUCACAUCUUGUUACACAUCAGAGAAGUCACACAGGUGAGAAGCCAUUUUAUUGCUCUGAGUGUGGGAAAUGUUUUACCCAGAAAUCAAGUCUUGUUACACAUCAGAGAAGUCACACAGAUAAGAAUCCAUUUCUAUGUUCUGAGUGUGGGGAAUGUUUUGCACACAAAUCAGAUCUUGUUAUACAUCAGAGAAGUCACAGAGGUGAGAAUCCAUAUCUAUGUUCUGAGUGUGGGAAAUGUUUUGCACACAAAUCACAUCUUGUUACACAUCAGAGAAGUCACACAGGUGAGAAGCCAUUUUAUUGCUCUGAGUGUGGGAAAUGUUUUACCCAGAAAUCAUGUCUUGUUAUACAUCAGAGAAGUCACACAGGUGAGAAGCCAUUUCCAUGUUCAGAGUGUGGGAAAUGUUUUGCACACAAAUCAGAUCUUGUUAUUCAUCACAGAAGUCACACAGGUGAGAAGCCAUUUUCUUGCUCUGAGUGCGGGAAAUGUUUUGCACAGAAAUCACAUCUUGUUACACAUCAGAGAAGUCACACAGGUGAGAAGCCAUUUUAUUGCUCUGAGUGUGGGAAAUGUUUUACCCAGAAAUCAAGUCUUGUUACACAUCAGAGAAGUCACACAGGUGAGAAGCCAUUUUAUUGCUCUGUGUGUGGGAAAUGUUUUACCCAGAAAUCAAGUCUUAUUAUACAUCAGAGAAGUCACACAGGUGAGAGGCCAUUUCCAUGUUCUGAGUGUGGGAAAUGUUUUACAUAUAAAUCAAAUCUUGUUACACAUCAGAGAAGUCACACAGGUGAGAAGCCGUAUUCCUGUUCUGAGUGUGGGAAAUGUUUUACACAGAAAUCAGAUCUUGUUACACAUCAGAGAAGUCACACUGGUGAGAAGCCAUUUCCAUGUUCUGAGUGUGGGAAAUGUUUUACAUAUAAAUCAAAUCUUGUUACACAUCAGAGAAGUCACACAGGUGAGAAGCCGUAUUCCUGUUCUGAGUGUGGGAAAUGUUUUACACAGAAAUCAGAUCUUGUUACACAUCAGAGAAGUCACACUGGUGAGAAGCCAUUUCCAUGUUCUGAGUGUGGGAAUUUUUUUACAUAUAAAUCAAAUCUUGUUAUACAUCAGAGAAGUCACACAGGUGAGAAGCCGUAUUCCUGUUCUCAGUGUGGGAAAUGUUUUGCACAGAAAUCGAGUCUUUUUAAACAUCAGAGAAGUCACACAGGUGAGAAGCCGUAUUCCUGUUCUGAGUGUGGGAAAUGUUUUGCAUCGAAAUCAAGUCUUGUUACACAUCAGAGAAGUCACACAGGUGAGAAGCCAUUUUCCUGUUCUGAGUGUGGGAAAUGUUUCACACAGAAAUCAGCCCUUGUUUCACAUAAGAGAAGUCACACAGGUGAGAAGCCGUAUUCCUGUUCUGAGUGUGGGAAAUGUUUCACACAGAAAUCAGCCCUUGUUUCACAUAAGAGAAGUCACACAGGUGAGAAGCCGUAUUCCUGUUCUGAGUGUGGGAAAUGUUUUGCAUCUAAAUCAAAUCUUGUUAAACAUCAGAGAAGUCACACAGGUGAGAGGCCAUUUCCAUGUUCUGAGUGUGGGAAAUGUUUUGCACGGAAAUCGCAUCUUGUUAUACAUCAGAGAAGUCACACAGGUGAGAGGCCAUAUUCUUGCUCUGAGUGUGGGAAAUGUUUUUCCCAGAAAUCACAUCUUGUUCUACAUCAGCGAAGUCACACAGAUGAGAGGCCGUUUUCUUGCUCUGAGUGUGGGAAAUGUUUUUCCCAGAAAUCACAUCUUGUUCUACAUCAGAGAAGUCACACAGGUGAGAAGCCAUUUUCUUGCUCUGAGUGCGGGAAAUGUUUUUCCCAGAAAUCAUAUCUUGUUGUACAUCAGCGAAGUCACACAGGUGAGAAGCCAUUUUCUUGCUCUGAGUGUGGGAAAUGUGUUAGAUGGAAAUCACAACUUGUUACUCAUUACAGAAGUCACACAGGUGAGAAUAUAUUUCCAUGUUCUGAGUGUGGGAAAUGUUUUUCCCAGAAAUCACAUCUUGUUCUACAUCAGAGAAGUCACACAGGUGAGAGGCCAUUUUCUUGCUCUGAGUGUGGGAAAUGUUUUUCCCAGAAAUCACAUCUUGUUCUACAUCAGAGAAGUCACACAGGUGAGAAGCCAUUUUCUUGCUCUGAGUGUGGGAAAUGUGUUAGAUGGAAAUCACAACUUGUUACUCAUUACAGAAGUCACACAGGUGAGAAUAUAUUUCCAUGUUCUGAGUGUGGGAAAUGUUCUGCACACAAAUCAGAUCUUAGAAACCAUGAGAGAAGUCACACAGGUGAGAAGGCAUUUCUCUAACACCCUAAGUGGAUGCUGGGGAC